UUUUUGACCUAUAUUUGCCUGCUGUGCAUAGUCCUUGCAUCAGUUUUACACAAAAGCUCAGUGGUUUAUCCUAUUCAUCAAUUUUUACCACAACAUUAACAAUACCUUGACAAUUAAUUCAUGGCAAUUUCGAAUUUAUUGUUUAUUUUUGGGUAUGUCUCCAUUUCUAGUUGCAAAUAAUAAACGCUGUUAGUGAUGCUGCUGUGUUUAUUUUGUUUUGGAAUUUGUUGUUUCUAUUUUGUUUGGUGAUAACCUUAUGAAGUAAUUUGCUUCUUGUGUCAGUAGCAUGAAUGGGUCUCGGCAGCCACGAGGCCGUGGCAGAGGCCGCCUGCCACGUCCCACCCGAACAGCACCUGUGAGGCGUCUGUUUCAGGAGGCAUCUGGGGACAGAGCAGUUGAGGAGGCAGCUUCGGCUCAAACCUCCUGUGCUAGGGUAACGGUAUUUUAUGCAUCUUCUGAAUUUUAGUGUGUAAUCAGAAAAAUUAAUGAUAAUGGCUUUACAAAGUCAUGGUAUCAAGACCACCUGCCUUCAGUGCAUACAUGUGUGCUUGGUCUUCAUGGUCAGGCUAACUGGGCAAGUGAUUAAACAAGUAGCAUUACUGUCACUGUAUGCUAACCAUCCCAUGUUUUGCUACACACACAAUGUACUAUGAAGCAAAAUGUUAGAUGUUAUGGUCAGUAAUUGAUGCUAGAAUCGGUGUCUUCUUUGCCUUGAAAAAAAUUGGUGUCUUCCUCAUUGUUUUAAGCAGUAUGUUUCACCGUUAAAGUGAUGUUGAACAUCCUGUUAAGUAUUUGCAUGCCAAGCUGCGUAGUCAUCCUACAUUUCCAUCAGGAGCUGGUGGCGGAUUUGGCCAACGAACAUCAGGCCGAGAAGGUUGUCUGUGACCUUCUCACCCGCUACCCUUCUCUGGCAUGGGAGGUGCGAGCCUCCUCACUGCCCAGUGCCCACCCCGGAGCGUCGCCUGGAACAGACGCAAGCACCUGCUGCGCGACGUGGCCGUGCCGGACAACCUGAUCCGACUAAGCACCAAAGAGAAGGAGCAGGGCACAGCGCUCACGCAGAGUAUGAUGGGGUACCGGGGCGACGCGGCGGCUGCGGACCGGGGCGGCAUGGCGCUGGGCUGCUCGUCGGGCGGCACGCGCCGCGUCGGCCAGCGCUCCGUGUCCAGGCUGGUGCUGCUGGCUACGCGCGAGAGCCAGGACACCGAGGUACUGAUGGCCGGCGGUGACCGGCCCGGCAGAUUCCUGGCAAGUGCUUCAAGGCUCUCUUUGCGUCCAGAGUCCUUACAUUUAAAAGUUUGAAAAUGGGCGUACAUUUAGUUCCAGCCAGAAAUGCGUCCCGAGAGCAGCGAUGAAAGUGUUUGGACGCGGUAAGGUAAUAUUGCUGAAAC